AUUUUUCUACUUGUCAAACACGAAUAAGCUGACGUGUAUCAGAAGCCGCCAAGUGUUUUUCUACAAUUUUGAUUUGCAAAAAGCCAAAUCUAAAAUACUGUCGGCAAUUUAAAAUGAAUAGUUACCAAAGUGUGAUAUCACUUUUCUUUUUCUUGUUAUGUAUAUCUGUCUCAUUAACCGUAGAACUAACUUUUGAAUUACCUGAUAAUGCACGAGAAUGUUUCUAUGAAGAAAUCGAAUCAGGUACCGAUUUUACUGUCGAGUUUCAGGUUGUGACUGGUGGUCAUUAUGACAUUGAUUUCGAACUGAUCGCUCCCAACAAAGAAGUAUUAUACAGAGAAGUGAAGAAACAGUAUGAUUCCUUUUCAAAGAAAGCUGAUGUUAGAGGUGUCUAUGCAGCUUGCUUCUCAAAUGAGUUUUCUACAUUUUCGCACAAAUUGGUCUAUGUUGACUGGCAAGUUGGAACAGAAGAUCCUUUACCAGGCCUUGGUGAACAUUUGACUGCCAUGACUCAGAUGGAAUCUUCAUCUCAUUCUCUCCAUGAGAACUUGAACAAAGUUGUUGAUUACCAAACACAUCAUCGGUUGAGGGAGUCUCAGGGACGGAAGAGGGCAGAGGAUCUGAAUGAAAGAGUCUUCCUGUGGGCAGUGGGAGAAACUAUCGCCAUAAUUGUUAUAGGAAUUGGCCAGGUUGUGAUCCUUAGAAACUUUUUCAGUGAAAAGAAACCGUCUCAAAUGAUGUUCAGUUAACUGAUGUAUUUAUUAUUUUGAUAAAUAGGAGCCAUAUAUUUUAUUUGUUUUUUUUUCUGUCAUUUUUCUAUCAUUCUUGAAUUAACCUGUUUGAUUUUCUCCGGAAAAUUUCUUGACUUAAAUGAGUAGAACUCCGUAAACUUUUCAAGAAUAAUCUUUAGGCAACGAUUGUCUUUUGAUCGGCUCUUCUCAUCCUGUUCUCUAUUGUAAAGUCAGAUAUCCCCUCACACCGAGCUCCGAUGAAAAUCCAGUCUGAUUCUCCUUAGAUAACCUCUUACUUUUGAUUGAUUUAUAACUGAAUCAACGAUUCAUGCAAAAGUAACUGACACCGUUUGAUUUGAAUGAACUGUUCAGUUAAUAAGGAAAUGUCAAUACAUUUGUUUAAAUAG